GCGCAAAGAGCCCGGACUAUGGCUCUAUACAACCCCAUCCCCGUCCGGCAGAACUGCUUCACCGUCAACAGAUCGCUCUUCCUCUUUGGGGAAGAGAACAUAGUCAGGAAAUAUGCUAAGAAGCUCAUCGACUGGCCUCCCUUUGAGUACAUGAUCCUGGCGACCAUCAUUGCCAACUGCAUCGUGCUGGCCCUCGAGCAGCACCUCCCCGAAGAUGACAAGACGCCCAUGUCACGGAGAUUAGAGAAGACAGAGCCCUACUUCAUCGGGAUUUUCUGCUUCGAGGCUGGGAUUAAGAUUGUGGCUCUGGGGUUCGUUUUCCACAAGGGCUCGUACCUGCGCAACGGCUGGAACGUCAUGGACUUCAUCGUGGUCCUCAGCGGCAUCCUCGCCACGGCCGGGACGCACUUCAACACCCACGUGGACCUGCGGACGCUGCGGGCCGUUCGCGUGCUUAGACCUCUGAAGCUCGUCUCGGGCAUUCCCAGCCUGCAGAUUGUGCUGAAAUCCAUCAUGAAGGCCAUGGUGCCUCUCCUCCAGAUUGGCUUGCUGCUCUUUUUCGCUAUCCUCAUGUUUGCCAUCAUCGGCCUGGAGUUUUACAGCGGGAAGCUGCACCGAGCCUGCUACACAAACAAUUCAGGUGAACUAGAGGAGCUGGACCCCCCCCAUCCAUGCGGGGUGCAGGGUUGCCCCCCAGGCUAUGAAUGCCGGGAGUGGAUCGGUCCCAACGACGGGAUCACGCAGUUUGACAACAUCCUCUUUGCUGUGUUGACCGUCUUCCAGUGCAUCACCAUGGAAGGGUGGACCACAGUCCUGUACAAUACCAAUGAUGCCUUAGGAGCCACCUGGAACUGGCUAUACUUCAUCCCCCUCAUCAUCAUUGGAUCCUUCUUUGUCCUCAACCUUGUCCUGGGAGUGCUGUCAGGGGAGUUUGCCAAAGAGCGUGAGCGAGUGGAGAACCGCCGAGCCUUCAUGAAGCUGCGGCGCCAGCAGCAGAUCGAGCGGGAGCUCAAUGGCUAAAGGGCCCCGACAUACAGAGAAGUCAUGCUGGCUGAAGAGAACAAAAAUUCUGGGACCUCAGCCUUAGAAGUGCUCAGGCGAGCCACCAUCAAAAGGAACCGGACAGACACUAUGAACCGUGACUCGAGUGAUGAACACUGUGUCGAUAUCUCCUCCGUGGGUAACCCCUUGAGUCACUCUGGCCUCAAAGGGGCCAGGGUGGACGGUGCCUCCUACUUACGGCACAAGGAGCGACUCCUGCGCAUCUCCGUUCGCCACAUGGUGAAAUCCCAGGUCUUCUACUGGAUCGUCUUGAGCCUGGUGGCUCUCAACACUGCCUGUGUGGCCAUUGUCCAUCACAACCAGCCAGCCUGGCUCACCCACUUCCUCUACUAUGCAGAGUUCCUGUUUCUUGGACUGUUCCUCCUGGAGAUGUCUUUAAAGAUGUAUGGGAUGGGGCCACGUCUUUACUUCCAUUCUUCCUUCAACUGCUUUGACUGUGGGGUCACAGUGGGAAGCAUCUUCGAAGUGGUUUGGGCUAUCUUCAGGCCAGGAACCUCCUUUGGGAUCAGUGUCCUACGAGCCCUUCGUCUCCUGCGAAUAUUUAAAAUAACCAAGUACUGGGCAUCCCUAAGGAAUUUGGUGGUCUCACUGAUGAGCUCCAUGAAGUCUAUUAUUAGCCUGCUCUUCCUCCUCUUCCUCUUCAUUGUAGUCUUUGCCCUGCUGGGAAUGCAGCUGUUUGGAGGCAGGUUUAACUUCAUCGAUGGGACACCAUCGGCCAACUUCGACACUUUCCCCGCAGCCAUCAUGACAGUGUUCCAGAUCCUGACGGGUGAGGACUGGAACGAAGUGAUGUACAACGGCAUCCGCUCCCAGGGUGGUGUUCGCUCAGGCAUGUGGUCCUCCAUCUAUUUCAUCGUCCUCACCUUGUUUGGAAACUAUACUCUGUUGAAUGUGUUCUUGGCCAUUGCGGUGGACAACCUGGCCAACGCUCAGGAGCUCACCAAGGACGAGCAGGAGGAAGAGGAGGCGUUUAACCAGAAGCACGCCCUUCAGAAAGCCAAAGAAGUCAGCCCCAUGUCUGCCCCAAACAUGCCUGCUAUUGAAAGAGACAGGCGAAGGAGACACCACAUGUCGAUGUGGGAGCCGCGCAGCAGCCACCUGCGGGAACGUCGCCGGCGGCACCACAUGUCGGUGUGGGAGCAGCGCACCAGCCAGCUCCGCCGGCACAUGCAGAUGUCCAGCCAGGAGGGCAUCAACAAGGACGAGCCGCCCCUCAUCAACGCCAGCAUCUUCCGCAGGAAGAAACCGGGGGACGGUGUCACCCUAGAGAAAUGCGCCGAGGAGCAGGGCGGCAAGGGCGAGCGGCCGCAGGCUGAGGGACCCGAGCAGCCGUCUUCGGGAGCCAACCCCGGCGGUGGUGAGGACAGGAGGAGCCCAUCGCCCCGGAUCAAGCCAAACGGGAUCUCUGCUGGGGAUGCCGAGCUGGCCGGGACUGCCACGGAGGGGGGACCCCCGCAAACGGUACCCGAGUCCUCCCGGGGGAAGACGGGCAGCCUGACGGAGCAGGACUGCAGCAGCCUGGACACCAGCGAGCAAGCGCUGCUGGAGGCCAGCCGCGCUGUCAGCCGGAGCGAGCCCGACCUCUCUUCCAUCACCCCCAACACCGAGAAGGCCACGGAGAGCACGGCCAUCAUGAUUGAUGUUCCCGACUCCACUGUGGUACAGAUUAGCAACAAGACAGACGGUGAAGCCAGCCCCUUAAAGGAGGCUGAGACCAAAGAGGAUGAGGAGGAGAUGGAGAAGAAGAAGCAGAAGAAGGAGAAAAGCGGGACGGGCAAAGCGAUGGUGCCGCACAGCUCCAUGUUCAUCUUCAGCACCACCAACCCGGUGCGGCGGGCUUGUCACUACAUCGUGAACCUGCGCUACUUCGAGAUGUGCAUCCUCCUGGUGAUCGCCGCCAGCAGCAUCGCCCUCGCAGCGGAGGAUCCUGUCCUCACCAACUCGGACCGCAACAAAGUCCUGAGGUAUUUCGACUACAUCUUCACCGGCGUCUUCACCUUUGAGAUGGUCAUCAAGAUGAUCGAUCAGGGCUUGAUCCUGCAGGAUGGCUCCUACUUCCGAGACCUCUGGAACAUCCUGGAUUUCAUCGUGGUGGUGGGAGCGCUGGUGGCUUUCGCCUUGGCGAAUGCUUUGGGGACCAACAAGGGCCGCGAUAUCAAGACCAUCAAGUCUCUCCGUGUGCUACGGGUUUUGAGGCCCCUGAAAACCAUCAAGCGACUGCCCAAGCUGAAGGCCGUCUUUGACUGCGUGGUGACUUCCCUCAAGAACGUCUUCAACAUCCUCAUCGUCUACAAGCUCUUCAUGUUCAUCUUUGCUGUCAUUGCUGUCCAGCUCUUCAAGGGGAAGUUUUUCUACUGCACCGACAGCUCUAAAGACACGGAGAAGGACUGCAUAGGGAACUACGUGGACCAUGAGAAGAACAAAAUGGAAGUGAAGUGCCGGGAAUGGAAACGCCAUGAGUUUCACUACGACAAUAUCAUCUGGGCUUUGCUCACCCUGUUCACAGUCUCCACCGGCGAGGGUUGGCCCCAGGUGCUGCAGCAUUCAGUGGAUGUGACAGAGGAGGACCGCGGGCCCAGCCGCAGCAACCGCAUGGAGAUGUCCAUUUUUUACGUCGUCUAUUUUGUGGUCUUCCCUUUCUUUUUUGUCAACAUUUUCGUGGCUCUCAUCAUCAUUACCUUCCAAGAGCAAGGAGACAAAAUGAUGGAGGAAUGCAGUCUGGAAAAGAAUGAGAGGGCCUGUAUUGACUUUGCCAUCAGUGCCAAGCCCCUCACGCGGUACAUGCCCCAGAACCGGCACACCUUCCAGUACCGGGUCUGGCACUUCGUGGUCUCCCCGUCCUUCGAGUACACCAUCAUGGCCAUGAUAGCGUUGAACACUGUGGUGCUGAUGAUGAAGUACUACUCUGCUCCAUACACCUAUGAGCUGGCCCUGAAGUACCUGAACAUCGCGUUCACCAUGGUGUUCUCCUUGGAGUGCGUCCUCAAGAUCAUUGCUUUCGGCUUCCUGAAUUAUUUCCGGGACACCUGGAACAUCUUUGACUUCAUCACUGUCAUCGGCAGCAUUACCGAGAUCAUCCUGACCGACACCAAGCUGGUGAACACCAGCAGCUUCAACAUGAGCUUCCUGAAGCUCUUCCGGGCUGCUCGGCUCAUCAAGCUGCUGCGACAGGGUUACACCAUUCGCAUCCUGCUCUGGACGUUCGUGCAGUCCUUCAAGGCCCUCCCCUACGUCUGCCUCCUGAUCGCCAUGCUUUUCUUCAUCUACGCGAUCAUUGGGAUGCAGGUUUUUGGCAAUAUCAAACUAGAUGAGGAAAGCCACAUUAACCGGCACAACAACUUCCGCAGCUUCCUGGGCUCCCUCAUGCUUCUCUUCAGGAGUGCCACGGGUGAGGCAUGGCAGGAGAUCAUGCUGUCCUGCCUGGAGGGCAAAGGCUGUGAGCCGGACACAACGGCGACGUCCGGGCAGAACGAGAACGAGCGCUGCGGCACUGACCUGGCCUACGUUUACUUCGUCUCCUUCAUCUUCUUCUGUUCUUUCCUGAUGCUCAACCUGUUUGUGGCGGUCAUCAUGGACAAUUUUGAAUACCUGACUCGGGAUUCCUCCAUCCUGGGACCUCACCAUCUGGAUGAGUUUGUCCGCAUCUGGGCAGAGUAUGACAGAGCAGCGUGCGGCAGGAUCUCGUAUAAGGAUAUGUACAAAUUAGUUCGGGUGAUCUCGCCUCCUCUGGGCCUAGGAGAGAACUGCCCCUACAGGGUGGCGUGCAAGGUUUGCCUCCCA